AAGGAGGGGGAGGCGGGGAAGUACCACCACCACGUGACCGGCCUCCAGAACGUUGGGUUAUUGCCCCAGAGCCGGCGCCGCGAGCUUCUCCCUCGAGGUUGGGCAGCCACAGCGGCGGCGCCUCUUGCUGCGCUCACGUGGGCUCGUGAUGAUGUAAUCUCGAUUCUCCUCCUCCGCCCGCCCCGUCGUAGCGUUUAGAACGUUGAGAGCCUGCUUUUGCUGUUUAGUGAAUGGGCGCUCGGAACUCGCGCUAGCCGGCUACCACAAAGCCUCCCCCUUUAUAAAAAAGCAACUUUGUUUCUUGGGGCUGCCGUCGCAUCAGCGGCAAUCCCGCUCUCCGACGCUUCCAGCGCCUGCGAGUGCCCGGCCGCCCCUCUGUUCCCAGCCCGAGCCGGUAUCAGCCUGCGAGAGGGCAGAGGAGGCUCUAUGGGGUGUUGAAAACGUGUAAGGCUCAGAAAUUUGAAUGGACUAAACAUGAAGAGCUUGAAAGCAAAGUUCAGGAAGAGUGAUGCCAAUGAGUGGAAUAAGAAUGAUGACCGCCUACUGCACGCUGUGGAGAAUGGAGAUGCAGAGAAAGUGGCAUCGCUGCUGGGUAAAAAGGGAGCCAGCGCCACCAAACACGACAGCGAGGGCAAGACUGCUUUCCACUUGGCUGCCUCCAAAGGGCAUACAGAAUGCCUCAGGAUUAUGACAACGCAUGGUGUGGAUGUUACAGCACAGGAUGGAACAGGGCACAGCGCUUUACACCUUGCAGCCAAGAACAGUCACCCUGAUUGUGUCAAGAGGCUCCUUCAGUCUAAAUGUCCACCGGAGAGCACAGAUAGCUCUGGGAAAACUGCUUUGCACUAUGCGGCUGCAUGUGGCUGCCUGCAGGCAGCUCAACUCCUGUGUGAACACAAGUGUCCAAUUAAUGUAAAAGAUGUGGAUGGAAAUAUACCUUUGUUACUGGCUGUACAAAAUGGCCAUACUGAAGUAUGCAAAUACCUUCUGGAGCAUGGAGGAGACAUCAAUUUCAGAGACAAAAAUGGAAGAACUGCUCUGAUGCUGGCAUGCGAAGCAGGAAACCUCAGCAUUGCAGAAGUCCUGGUCCGAAAAGGUGCAGACAUAAACUUGGCAGAUGCGCUUGGACACAAUGCCCUACAUUACUCUGUAGUCUCAGAAAAUACAGGAAUUCAGAGUCUUCUUCAGUUGAAAAUUGUUCAAGAUGCUGAUGCCAAGUCACCAACAAAGCCAAAGCAGCAUGAACAAGUCUCUAGAUUAAGUUCAGAAAGAAGUGGAACUCCAAAAAAACGCAAAGCCCCGCCACCACCUCCUGUCAGUCCUAUCCAGCUUAGUGACCUGUCAUCUGCACAUUCAACAACUUCAACCCCAGUAUCUGGAAAAGGCCAGUCCUCCUUUGCUGAGCAGGGAUCCAAGCAGGAAGAGAUCAGCACUAUUCAUUCUGAUGGCAAGAACGACAUGAGUGAUAGUAUUGCAGGUGCUGAUAGUUUACUGGACCUAAGUUCAGAAACAGACCAGCAAGAUCUGCUUUUACUGUUGCAAGCAAAAAUUGCAUCUUUGACCUUGCAUAAUAAGAAACUACAAGAAAAAUUACAGGCAAGAGCACUCAAAAUAGAAGACAUUGAUACCACGCUGGAUUCUUCUCGUUCCACGUAUACGGAGUUUGAUCACUCAACAGACAGGCUAAGUGAGAGUUCAGCAGCAGGAGGUCAGGAGAUCAGCUCAUCUUCCCUGAGCUUAGCACAAGCCCAGGAAGAGGCCAGCAAUAACGAAGCUAAAAUUAAACAACUGCAAGACAACUUAAAGGAAGUACAAAAGAGGCUGGAUAGCUCUGAAGCGAAGAGGCGGCAUUUGGAGACGCAGCUUCAGUCUGGAGGACCAGAUGCAGUUCAAGUGCUAAACAACUUGGACAUUUCAGAAAAUGGCUCCGACCUCAAUCAGAAACUGAAAGAAACCCAAAGCAAGUAUGAAGAAGCGAUGAAGGAGGUCUUGCACAUCCAGAAGCAAAUGAAGCUGGGCCUGGUAGCUUCGGAAAGCAAAGAGACAGAUCUGCAAGAGCUCAGAGCAACAUGCGAGGAAGUUGAGCUGCUGAAGGAAGAGCUGCAGAAAGCGCAAGAAGAGGGCGAGAGGCUGAGGGCGAAAGUGACAGAACUGGAGGAAAAGCUAGAGGAGGGAGAGAGGAAUGCGGAUGGCACAAUGUCGGCGGAAGAAUGUGAGGAGAUGCGAAGUUCCUAUUGCUUGGUUAUUGAGAAUAUUAACCAAGAGAAGGCUUUGCUGAUUGAGAGGUACAAGGAGGGACAGGAGGAGAUCAGAAAGCUCCAAGACAAGCUGAAAAAUCAGAUGGAGUCAGGGCACAGUGAGGACACUGAAGAGGUGAGAGAUGCAAAGAAUAAAAUGAUCAAUGAGCUGAACAGGCAGAUCAGUGAGCUUUCUCAGCUCUACAAAGAAGCUCAGGCAGAACUUGAAGACUUCAGGAAAAGGAGUAUUGCAGAGGAUGCCAAUUUGGAAUGCAUGCCUCUGGAGGAACAUGAGAAGCUGAUGGAGGUCACCGUCUUACAGAGAGAGCAAGCUGAGGGUGAGCUGUUGGAAAUGAAGGCACAGUAUGCAAAGGUGUUAAGCGAAGCAACUCAACUCCAGAACCUGGUUGAUUCCCAGAAGAAGAACUCUGUCUCUGUCACUGAGCAUCUCCAGGUAGUCACUGCUCUCAGGACCUCAUUGAAGGAAGUGGAAGAAGAAAUAAAUGAGCUCAAAAUGCAGCUUCUCCACAAGGAAAGUGAGGUGCAGCGUCUACAGAAGGAGCUGUUGGAAGAAGAAGCUGCCGUGUGUGAAGCCAUGGUGCCCCGAGCGUUGUAUGAAGAGCUCCGGUCUACAUCGGAAGGCGAAGUCAACUCCUUGUUGUCCAAAGUGAAGGACUUGACGAAAGAGAAGGAGAACCUGACUGCGGACCUUGCACAGCUGAGAAAGGAAAUCUCACAAGCAAAAGGGGAGAAAGAGGGCCUCCGAACGCUCCUUGAAGCCAAGGAACAGGAAAUCAAAGGACUGCUUCACCAGUACCAUCAAGCCCAAGAAGAACUGCUUGAGAUGAAAAAAGCCUCUGAGAGUUCCUCAAAACUAGAAGAGGAUAAAGAUAAGAAGAUAACAGACAUGACUAAGGAAGUUAGCAAAUUAAAGGAAGCCUUGAACAGUCUGUCCCAGCUCUCCUACUCAACUGGUACACCUAAAAGGCAAAGCCAGCAGCUGGAGCUGCUGCAACAACAAGUCAAGCAACUACAAAACCAGCUGGCUGAAACAAAGAAGCAACACCAGGAGAUUGUAUCUGUAUACAGGACACACUUGCUCUACGCUGUGCAGGGCCAAAUGGAUGAAGAUGUCCAGAAAGUGCUCAAACAGAUCUUAACAAUGUGCAAAAGUCAAUCGCAAAAAAAAAGUGAAACAAUUUUUGCUGAUCCCUGAAGGUGCUGCUGUUGAGAGUGAGAUUCGCCUUAAAAUGAUAUUUGACUGGCAUCCCCCUUGCAGGGUACUGUCACAGGUCUCUGCUAUUCUUCUUAGUUUGUUUUUAUGUCUUAUGAGCUAAUGUGUUGUUACAUCUUCCCUUGCCCCCCUAAAGUUCCCAGAGUGCUAUUUUUGUGUAUUGAACACAAAUGUAUAAUUCUCCAGAAACUGCCAUUACUUUAAAUCGGGUGGUCAAAGUCUGACCUAUAGUAUUAGAAAGUGGCUGAGUGUUUCCUUUGGUUAUAAAAAGUUGGGGCAAAGCAUAGAAGUCUGAGCUUGCAGUGUUGCAUUCUGGAUAUUAAUAACUGCAUCUUUUAGAGGUGACGGCAGAGAUAGGUUUUUCAGUCCUUGGCUAUCAGAGAGGGAGAAGCAACCUAUGUUUUAAGACCCUCGAGACAUCCAGUAUAAAGGUAGAUGCAACUUCUGAUUCAGACAUUUCUUGGCCUUGUUAACAGAAAAGGGGGAAAGCCAACAUUGUUAGCCAAGGCCACAAGUUCUCUAAAGCCAGCUGCAGGAGUUUUUUUUUAUUUACUAAGGCAUGUAAGGACUACAAGACUUCCAGACCAGUGGUAUGUACUAACUAGAUAACAUAAAGCAUAGUCGUGCAGGUAAAUGGAUUCUGAACAUGGCGAAUUCUGCUAAAAAUCCCAGUU